AUGCCGUCGCCGCAACACCACCACUCCCUCUUCGCCCUCGGCCUGGGCCUCGCCCUCGGCCUGGCGCUGCCGCACGUGCUUCGCCUUCGGAGGCGGCGCGGCCUCGGCGGCAGCACCGUCAAGGCCGGCCUGACCGACACUCGCGCGGUGCGGCUGCCAAGGCGCGUGCUGACUGACUUCCUCGCCGCGUGCUUCACCGCGGCGGGCGCUGCGCCGGCCCACGCCGCGCAAGCGGCAGACGUGCUGGCCUACGCCGACUCGCGCGGCAUCCCGUCGCACGGCGCCAACCGCGCCGACACGUACGCCAACGAGAUUGAGGCGAAGCUCGUCGACGGCGUUGCGAGCCCGGUCGUGGAGCGGAGCUCGGGGUGCACAGCUGUGAUCGAUGGCCGGAAUGCGCUCGGCGCUGUCGUGUGCAACCUCGCGAUGGAGACGGCCCUGCGGCUGGCAAAGGAGCACGGCGUCGGCGUC